CGGAAAGUGUCUUCAGCAAGAGCGCCUUGGAUGUUUGCUUCAAAGGCUCUUCAGAAUUGCCUUCAGCAGCUGAGAGCAAUCACCAUCACGACGAGCACUGCUCUGUACCUUCUGCAUCCAGUGAGCAAAUAGAUUGCUUUGUUGAAGAUUCAUCGUGACUGACACCCAUCUCUGCUGGUAUCUCAAGGGUGUCAUUGAGUUCGUUUGUCUCAGCCACUUUCCAUUGUGAGGCACGUGAGGUUUAUAAAAAACCGUUUUAUUUUAGAGUUAUAAAAAAUGGGGUGAAGAUUCGUAGGCAGUCAAGUAGUCGUUCAAAGGCCGCUCAAGCCUUUGAAGUUGCCCCUUUGAAGUCGUUGUGGGUGAAGUGCACAAUCAGUAAUCACUCAGCGGCUGAAUUUUCAGCCGGUCAAGUUUCGUUGGCCCCUCUCAUCAGUUUGAUUGUUGGGUGGACUCUCACCUACCCUCCUUCUUCCUGCAGAUCCUCGCCCAUAGUUCAAUUUCAUUUGGGAAGGUCUCAAGGACUUUGCUUCAUAUCUUCCAUAUACCGCCACAUCGCGAAGCAGAAGCAAGGGGGGGGUGACAGUACGGUCAGGGUUAGGAGCGCCCUUAUUUAUCCCCGUUGUUGCUCUUGGCCAAUCAACGGCCCCUAUGAUCGGGUUCGGGACAGGGCAGGCUCAAUUUGCACUGAAUCCUACAGAAGGCUUGUUGCAGUUGGUGGUGUAGUCGUCAUUCCGCACAGCUUACUGAAUGUACCUUCCAUUGGCACUGAACAAACCGAGGGACCCGAAAGACGAGACCUGUUCACUCUGACCGGGAAGAAUCUUCCCGCUGCUAGUUUGCUGAUGGUGAGCACACGAGUGGCCAAGUGCCCGUGCGCGACGUGAUUGGUUUUGGCGAGUCUGAUGGCGUCCAAUCAGCAGCAGGGGACCCAGGCGGGGGUGCGCACGCACUUUAAAACGCCGGAGGGGCGGUUUAAGGUUGGCAGGGAGAAGUCGCACCCCAGCGGGGUGAUGCACCACUCUCACAACAGGACUCCCACAAAGAUAACCUACGUAAUCCUGAAGGAGCAGCCCCGCACCCCCGCCGGCACUCCCAACCCCUCCAAGUCGUCCACUGUCUCGCGCUUCCUCGGAAGCAACGGCACGAAGCAAAGCAACGGGCGUUUCGGCCACAGCCGCACAUCCAGCUCCGGGGGGGAGAAAACGCCCCGGCGGGGAGCCCCCGAGAUCCUAGACGUUGCGCUUCCGGAUGAAGGGGGGGAGAAGACGUACGUGGUCUACAACAUCGCAGACGGCGUCUUUGUGGCGGACUAUAAGUCGCUGGAGAAGGAGCCGGUGAAGGGGAUCUUUUUCAACAACGCGCCGCCGCUGUGCCAUGCGUUUCGGGAGGGGGGGACGGGGCACGAUCUGCUUAUCGGGCUGGCGUCAGGAGACGUCUACGCAUGCUCUCUGCGCGCGCAAGUCGCCGACUCGGGGCGCAAGCUGACGGGGUCGUCGCACUUCAACAAGGAGGGUGCCGUCAGCAGCACGCGCUGUUACGGCGUGGCAUGGGUGCCGGGGCGGGACGACCACUUCGUCUCCGCGCACGCAGACGGGAACAUCUUUCUUUACGAUAAGAAUAAAGAAGGGAGUUCUGACGUCACCUUCCCUCCGAUCCGGGACACCGCGGCCUUCUCCGUGGCCCACGCACGCUCCAGCAAAAGCAACCCGAUCGCGCGGUGGCACAUCUCUGGCAGCGCCAUCAAUGACGUGGCCUUCUCCCCGGACGGCAACUACCUGGCGACCGUGGGCAGGGACGGCUGCCUGCGCAUCUUCGACUGGCAGCGGGAGGCUUUGCUGUGCGGGUGUAAGAGUUACUACGGGUCGCUGCUCUGCUGUGCCUGGAGCGGUGACAGCAAGUAUGUGUUGACCGGAGGAGAGGACGACUUGGUUUCUCUUUUCAGCCUGGAACAGCAAGCGGUCGUUGCCUGGGGAGAAGGCCACACGUCGUAUGUGAGCGGGGUGGCGUUCGACUCCCAUUGGUCGCAGCCCCCGUCAGAGGAGGGCCACGAAGCCGUGACCUACCGGUUUGGGUCGGUUGGGCAGGACACGCAGCUGCUGCUUUGGGACUUCGCCAUGGAGGAGUUCGCCUCAGUGCCACGUGGCAUCGCCACGACGCCCCUCGCCAACUCCCAAACCCUUUCUCACCCGCCGACCCCAACGGCGCCCAUUCACACCGCCAACAAGCCCCCCAACCUAGCGGCCUUGAACACCGGUUUCCAGCCCGAUGUGAAUAAGCACCCGACUCCGAGAUCCGAGGGGCCCGCAACACCUCUGGGGGGGUACACUCCGCAGGGGAACACUCCCCAUGGAGCGAACGCACAGCUUGGUGCAAGUACCCCGCUUGGUGUGAAUACUCCACACGGUGUGACCAGCCCCUACGGUGUGAACAGCUCGCAUGGUGUGAACGGGCACGGUCUUGCGCCGCCAGUGUCGAGAAAGGAGGUGCCGAAGCUGGCCCCCAUUAUGGCCCACAAGGUGCACGCUGAGCCACUGUCAGACAUCGUCUUCGUUGGGGACGCCCUGCUGACGUCAUGCCACGAGGGCGUGGUCAAAAUCUGGCAGCGGCCGAGCGGCGCAGCCGAUAGCGAGGCCGGCGCCGCGCCAGGUGGCGCAGCGACGCCCUCCAGUACGGACUCGACGCCCGUCGCGCCGGUCCGGUUGCGGGAGAGCGAGGAAAGCACGAUGUCAUUUGGGUGACGGAAACGAAACGCACGGAUAUGACGGUCUGUAAAGUGCACGGCAUAACGCAUGUCACGGGGAUGGUGUCCGGUUGAAGGAGAGGGAAGUUGACUGCUAUGCGCACGGGUGAUCAUAACGGAGUGGAAUGGAGUUUUGCGCGGACUGGAGACCACGUGAAAAACGUGGGUCCUUUGAAAGAGGCGACUACUUUAUGCAUGUCAAGAAUCAGAUAGGGCAUAUACUGGUUUAGAGCUGGUCACUGCUUGUGACGAGCAUACCUGAGGAGUCCGUGAACAUUGUGAAUGUUGGUCAUCACACCACGAGGAAGUCGGUCCCUGCUGGACUAAGAGCAUUCGCAUAUGUUAUGGUGAAUGAAACAGCAAGUCAGGCCAACGACCUUCUGGCUUGGCGGCACUCGGAG